GGGGAGGUGUGGAUUUCCUAGUCUCCCCUCCCCCCACCUCUAGCUCUCUCGUUACAUUGUAGCAUUGAAACAAGUUACAGUUGCUGAUUCUCAGACACCAAGGCUUUAGGCAUCGUACCCCCUUAAAAUUAUCUGCAAGUCAGGUGGGGGGCUCAGGAGGUACCACCCCCCCACCCCCAUCUCCCCUAAAAAAGACACAACAACAACAACUCCUGCUCUCCCCCCUUUUUUAUAUUUCCUUACAGGCUCCCCUGGCUUCAUCUGGGAGGUUAACUAUUUAUUUCCAGCUCCAUGCAAUCCUUCUGGAUGUUGACUUGCUAAAGAGUAGGCAACCAUCUUUAAAUCUGGAGGAGAAUGAAUCCGCAACAGAGAAUGACGGCUGUUGGCACAGACAAGGAAUUAAGUGACCUCCUGGACUUCAGCAUGAUGUUCCCUUUGCCUGUGGCUAAUGGGAAAACCAGGCCUACGACCUUGGCCAGUACUCAGUUUGGAGGAACAGGGAUUGAGGAAAGGACGAGUUCUGGUUCAUGGGGCACAGGAGACCACAACGGAUCCACGUUUGACCAAGGAAGGGGAUAUGGCGAUGGGACACACUAUGGGGAACACAGAGACCUUCCAUCACACGAAGGGAAUAUGUCCUCUUCUCCAUUUCUGGCAUCCGGACUUGUGGGUAAAAAUGAUCGGCCACCCUAUUCAUUUGGACGAGACAGUGGGAUGCCCACAAUGAACCAGGCAGGAUUUCUGCCCGGAGAGAUAGGCAUGAACAGUCCCAGUGCCCUCUCCCCUAGUGCUGUUAAAGGUGGUUCUCAGUAUUACUCGUAUACCAAUAACUCACGACGCCGGCCUGGAGACAGCGUAGAUACGCAACCUAAAAAAGUACGUAAGGUGCCCCCAGGACUUCCUACUUCAGUGUACCCCGCUAACUCAGGUGAUGAAUACAGUGGGGACCGGGGAAGUUAUCCUUCCACAAAGCCCUCUAACGCCAUUUACCCUGGGGCUUUCUACAUGACGGAUGGACUUCACGGUUCCUCUGAUAUAUGGGCUUCCUCAGGAGGUAUUGGACAAGGAAGCUAUGGGUCUUUACUGGGUGGUUCUCAGCCUUCCAUCACCCAGCCUUCAGGGUUUAACAGUCUGCACCCUCAUGAACGAAUGGGCUUUCCAAUGCAUUCCGGUGAGGUCAAUCCUGCUGUGUCCUCCAGCUUCUCAUCUGCCCCUGCACAAUAUGGAGUCUCCAGCCACACACCUCCCAUCAGUAGUGGUGACACAAUGAUUGGAAAUCGAGGGACAGCUACAGGGAGCUCAGGAGAUGCACUCGGAAAAGCAUUAGCAUCAAUUUAUUCCCCAGAUCAUUCCAGCACAAACUUUUCCUCUAGCCCGUCCACCCCCGUGGGAUCUCCACAGGGAAUGACAGGGUCAGGGCAGUGGCCCAGAGCCAGUGGUCCAGGAGCCCUUUCACCCAGUUAUGACGCAACACUGCACACGUUGCAAAGCAAGAUGGAAGACCGUUUAGAUGAGGCGAUCCAUGUGUUGAGUCGCCAUGCUGUUGGUCAAGCUGGCUCCCUUUCUGGGGGCCACGAGGACAUGCAUACACUCCUGGGUGCAGCAGCUAAUGUUUUAGGAUCUGGUUUUCCCGCAGCAGUUCUUUCUCUGGCAAAUCGGCAUUCUAUGGUAAACGCCCAUGCUGAUGAUGGUGCUCCCAGUAUGCUUCACAACCAGGUGACACUACCCUCACAGCCAGGCUCGCAAUCUGACCUCACCCGGGCACAAGAUGCAUACGCAGGGCUUCCUGGUUUGGUCAGGUCAGUGGUAGGUGCUAUGGCCGAUAUUAAGCGAGAGAGUAAAGAGGAUGAAGAGAACAGGUCGGUGGCAGAUCUGUCAGAUGACGAGAAGAAGGAAUCAAAGUCACAGAGAAGUCGGACACGCUGCUCAAUCAACAGCAGUGGAGGCAGCAGUAAGGAGGAGGGAAGCAACGUGGAGGAAAAAGACGUGAGAGAUCGUGAAAGGCGGAUGUCAAACAAUGCGCGGGAGAGGGUGCGUGUCCGUGACAUCAAUGAGGCUUUCAAGGAGCUGGGCCGCAUGGUGCAGAUGCAUCUGAAAGCGGACAAGGCCCAAACCAAACUCAUUAUUCUACAACAAGCCGUGCAGGUCAUAAUGACCCUGGAGCAGCAAGUGCGAGAGCGGAAUCUGAAUCCUAAGGCUGCCUGUCUGAAGAGGCGUGAGGAAGAAAAAGUAUCAGGUGUUGACCCCCAGAUGGCGCUUUCUGGUGGUCACCCAGGUCUGGGGGACUCUCACAACCCUGUGGGACACAUGUGAGUUAAAAUUGCAAGCUGGAGCAUUUUCCUACAAUUCCUUCGGGUCAAUUAUAACUUUGUUUUUUACAUUUUUUUUUUUCUUUCUUUGGAAAAAAAAAAACUCCACGACACGAAAGUCUUUGUGGCCUUGACUAUAUUUUCCUGAGAUGUGGACUCUCAAGACGGAAUUUUCCAACAGGAAAAAAGAAAAGACAAAAAAUUUACUCUGACAUAUCCUCUUAGGACUUCUAUAAAGGAGAAGAGAGAUGUCAUGAGAAAUUGCCUUAAUUAAAAACGAAAACGCAAUGACUUAUUUAAAGAUGAUGGAUUUGGUAGUAUCGUGGUGAAAACAAGCCCGUGUUCUCUCCACCCCUUGAAUAUUAUCGGGGAGCAAGGAUAUUUUUUUUCCCUGACCUUGUGCCUACACUUCAAAAAGAAAAACAAGUGACUUUUCCCCCUUUUCUCAAUUUUGUUUCUUUUCUUUCCUUUUUAAAAAAAAAAAAAAAAGCAAAAAAACUAAUGGAAUAAAAAAAAAGAUAGACAUCAGAGAGAUGUUUUUAACCUUAGAACAAAAUAGAUUUUUUUCCUACAAUAAUUUUUUUUAUAAAACAAAAUGCAGAAUGCAGAACAAAAAAAAAAUCUAAAAAAUGUAUGAGGGGUUUAAUUCCUUACCGUUGACCCUAUUCUUAAUUUUAGCUGUCCACACUGCAGAGCCUUCCCACAAAUCUUCAGCCCCCCCAUUCUGUAUCCCUACAUAUGUUAGACCUUGUCAGACCCCACCACCCUCUCCACAGCCCUGGAUGUAGACCUCUACCCUUCCAGUUGCUGUUUUUGUUUUUGGUUUUUCAAAGGCUAUUAGGAACUGUCUCUCCUUUGAUUUCACAACUGUAAUAAUGCAUCCCUUAUAACAUAUAUGUUGCUUACUCUGGUUUGUUUCUGCCAGAGGAGUUGGCAAGAAUUAUUUAGAACCACUCCGUAUGUGAUUUUAUUUUGUUUUCGUAGAUUUUUGUCUAUUUGAUGUCUAGGGUAAGCUUGGAACCUUCAAAUACAUGGGGAAAUACAAUUAAACCUUAGGAGCUACUAAAUUCUUAUUAGGAGUCACAGAAUUUGUAUUUCUUUAAGAGGCCAGUAUUCCCAGAUUGUGAAAAGGGGCAAAUGUGUUUACCUAUAAAUCAGCAUAACUAAGAAUGGAACAUUUCUGGAUCUUGGUGACGACAAAAUGUUUUUGACUCCCUUACUCUUUCAUAAUUUUCCACAUUGAACUAUUGCAGUGUAGUAAUUUACACCUCUUCCUCAUAUCAGUAUAAAUAUUGCAUGCUACUUUAGGGCACACUUUAGGGUCGGUAUUUGAACUGACAAAAAAAUUAAAUUUAAAAAAAAGUCGUUGCCAAGAACGGACUGUUCCGUAGUGUUGGUUAUAUAUUUUUUUUUUUUUGUAUAUUGGAUGUAAUUGGAAGCACCUGGACAGAAAUAGUGAUCAGAUAGUGUCAAUUUUUUUUUAUAUCUCUGUAAACAUGUGCAUAUGAAUGUGUAUGUAAUUUCUCCCCCACCGUACAUAAAUGUUUAUCAAGUAUAAUUCCAGCCCUACUACUUUGUAAUAUAGGCUCUGCUAACAGCCACUGUUUUAACAGAACUUUACACAUUUCAGAUACCCUCUCCCCGUUUUCUCUGACAGAGGGCUGUGUGCUAGUAUAGAAAAUGUAGCAUUAAAAUCUUAGGGCGAUAUUCCCUUUAUUUUUGUAGAAAUAUGUGGGAGGGAGGGGAAGAAUUUGUGGUUUUGGAAUAUUUGUGGAAAACUGCCUUGAAUCAUAAAUAUAAAUAUAUAAAUAUAUAUAAUUUUUUUUUUUUUUUUUUUAUGUUAAACCUGCCUUUUCUGACAACAACUUCAGCUUUGUUUUAAAGGGAAAUUAUCAUUAAAAAGUUAUUUGGCUAAGGAUGAUACUGUACCCACUUUGGCGUUUUUAAAAGUGAUGUUGCUAUGCGUGUUUUUGGAUUGUUCUGGUUUUUUUUUGUUUGUUUUUUUUUUUAUAAUCCACACACUGCAUCAAGCUUUGCUAUGUGAAACCACAAUGUGUUUCCAUCUGUUUUUUUUUUUUUCUCCUCUUUAUUUCCCUUUUUUCCCUUUUUAUAAUAUUUUGUCUGCUAUGCAGUAACAUACUGUGAGGUUAUCCUCUGCAGGGUGUACUUUUUAGUAGUAUACCUGCAUCAUCUGAGCAAAGUUAAUGGUAUAAAUCUCUGGUAAUGGACAAUUAUUCAAGGAAAUAUACACACUGUGCACAAGGAAAUAUUGGCCUUCAUCUCCCAGGUACCAUGCUAAAAUAGAUCUACACUUUGUAAUGUAUUUAAAACAAAGACUUAAAUCCUCUUAAUAGUUUUUUUUUUUUUUUUUUAUUUAUAGGGAACCACUACAUGAAUUUAUGGUGUGGUUAAUUGUGUUGUUCUCCUUACAAGACGAAACACAGAUUCCAUUUCUCUAAAAUAACACAUUACACAUUACACCAUCCAGAGAUCAACCUAUGAAAGUAAACAUUAUUUUCUUUUGAUAUUGUGUCCAAAAGUGAAUACUAGAUUUUCGAUUUUGGGUUUUUUCCCCCCCAGAGAAUAUAAUAGUAUCCCACUAUUCUACAGCAUCAAGGCAGUGAAUGUGAAGGCCUUAUUACCCCAUGUUAAAUAACCACAAAAUAAAGUAUUUUAGAGUAAAGACACUUAUUUUUGUUCAAGAAGAAACACAAACUUAAAGUGCAUUGUGUUUCUUGAGUGCCUCAGAUAUUCUCAUUUUUGUCUUUUGUUUUAAUUUUUUUUGUUUUUUAAAUAAUUUUAUACAAGUGUCAAAUCAGCUGGCUGGAUUAUUUGGAAUUUUUAUUAAUAAUAAAAAAUAAUCCUAACUUUUUUAAGUAGGUUUUGAGAACUGUCUUGUAUAUAUACCUGUGUUGUAGCAAUACAUGUAAGCUUUUAUAACUAUAUAACUUCAUGAAUCCCAGUCUUUCAGAUGUUGUAUACCGAUGAAUGAUAAAAAAAAUAAAAUAAACAAAUUUAAAAAAAAAAUGUAAUAAAGGGUUUACCUUAUACUAAA